GAGUGAGAGAGAGAGGUGAAUGGAACGCGAAAGAGGGGAGGAAAAACAUGAAGGUUCCUUCCGGUUGGAACGUUCAGCCGCUGCACAGCAAAGGAUGAAUGGAGGCCGCGUGAAAGAAGCUUCUUGACAUUGGGCAACGCCCCUCCCUCUAAUUACUUGCUACCUUGCAAAUUUCCUGUAAUCCCGAACGGCCCCCUGGGACCUUUUGGAAGGCAAGGCUGAUGGUUGGCCGUUAACCUCGUGCAGAAUGGCGAUGGAAGAGGGAGCCCUGUUGGAUUUGGGCCCCGCAAUCCAGGCCAGGCGAAAGCCAGAGGUGACCUCGGAUGAAGACGUGGAGGAGCAAGAAGAGGAGACGGAUGUGCCAGCUGAGGAGGAGAUGGUGGGGUGGGAGGACGCCUGGGGGGACACCCCAGAUGCCAGAGCGGGAGCGAAGGGGAGGGAACCUGCUGGUUCUUUCCAAGCUGGAAGUACCAGGGCUUUCCUGAUAAGCUCCCCGAGAGACUUGUAUAAAGAAGAGUUGGACCUGGGGGUUCCCAUCUGUGAGGAGAGCCGGUGGAAGGACUUCCUUAAGACAGCGGAGGCUCCUGGACUCGGCUGCUCAAGCUUACAAGAACUGAGCUCCUCUCUCCACAAUGCUUCUGCGGUACUUCCGGCCUCUGUCAAGGUCAAGGCCGAAGGCACCCAGUUCACCGAAGAACGGGAGACUCAAACUCCGCCCGAUUUCAGUGGGGGAUCCCAAGAGCCCCACCGAAACCUUAAACACUCCGAGCUGCCGAAAGAAGAGCUUCCAGAGGCGGACACUCUCGUUUCGGAGAUUCAGCGCCAGCAUUUCCGCCAGUUCCGCUACGAGGAGGCCGCAGGUCCCCGUGAGGUCUGCAGCCGUCUCUGGUUUCUCUGCUGCCGGUGGCUGAAGCCGGAGAGACACACCAAGGAGCAGAUCCUGGAGUUGCUGAUCCUGGAGCAGUUCCUGGCCAUCCUGCCCCCCAAACUCCAGAGCUGGGUGGUGGAGGGUUGCCCCCAAACCUGUGCCCAGGCAGUGGCUCUGGCCGAGGGCUUCCGGCAGAAGGAAUCGGUACCUGAGACAUUGGAUGAGCAGGUGUCAGGGAAAGAGCCAGCUCUGAAUUUUUCUGGGUCUGAGCAGGAGUCCUUGGAUUGUCAACAGGGAGAUGGCAACGGCGUUUCCAACAUCCAUGGUGACUCUUUGAGGAGCGCCGAUAAAGCCACCGAUCUGCCAGAAGUCUCAGGAGAAACCACCAAUGGGUUAGUGACGGGGAACUCGGAGCGGAAGGAUUCCCAAAAUGGUGAUCUGCAAGAGGUUCCCAGAGUUUGGCAGGGAUUUGAAGGGGAACGUUCUCCAGAGAAGAACACUGGGAAGGCUGUUCUUCGUGAAGGCAUUGAGCUCAUUGGAGAAAGCACCGAUCUGAAGAGAGCCCGUCAGGUGAACAGGGAGGCUGCUGGAGUAGCCAACGAUAACACAGAUAUCAUCGAAUUUCAGGUGACCCACAUGGGGAACAUGCCUUAUAAAUGUCCGGAUUGUGGGAAGAGUUUUAAUUACAGCACCAGCCUGGUUAGACACCAAAGAAUCCAUACCGGAGAAAAACCAUACAAAUGUUUAGAUUGCGGCAAAUGUUUCUGCCAGAGCUCGGGCCUCACAAUUCACCAGAGGAUCCACGCAGGGGAGAAGGCCUACCAGUGCUUGGAUUGUGGGAAGAGUUUCCGCGUCAAGUCGCACUUGAUCAGGCAUUCCAUCAUCCACAAAGGCGAGAAGCCGUAUAAGUGUCCGGAAUGCGGCGUCAGCUUCUGUGAACGAUCGGAGCUCCGAAUCCACCAGAGGAUCCACACGGGAGAAAAACCCUACCACUGUGCCGACUGUGGGAAAAACUUUUGCCGGAAGGCGGAUCUGACGCUCCAUCAGAGAAUCCACACCGGGGAAAUGCCUUACACGUGCUUGGAAUGCGGGAAAGGGUUUCGCUGGAGUUCCAAUCUCAUCACCCACCAGAAAACCCACACCGGCGUGAAGCCGUUCGAAUGCGCCGAGUGUGGGAAGAGUUACUAUUCCAACAUGAGUCUCAUCCGACAUCAGCGGGUCCAUACCGGAGGCACCCCAUAUAUCUGUUCGGACUGUGGAAAAAGUUUCUGCGACAGCACCAGCCUCACCCGGCACCAGAAGAUCCACACAGGGGAAAAACCGUACGUCUGUCUGGAGUGCGGGAAAAGCUUCAACCGUAACUCGAACCUCAUUUCCCACCAGAGAACUCACACGGGGGCCAAGCCGUUCCUGUGCACCGACUGUGGGAAGAACUUCCGGUCGAAAUCGGAACUUCAUCGGCAUUACACGGUUCACACAGGAGAGAAAAAUGCAAAGAUUUUGGCAGGGGACACUCUGGAGGGUCCGGCUCACGAGAAAACAACCAGCGAACUGGGAAUUAGGAAUGAAUAGAGGCAGGAGGGCAGAAGCGCGUGGCAAAAGGAAAGUACACCAUCCAGAACAAACUUGAGAUUUUCAAUAAUUCUUGGAAAUCAUCCCGUUUUGGCCCUAAAACAUUUAGUGGUGCCAUCCAGCCCUUUGUAAAACUGUUGAUCGUCCCUACGGCUGAUUUUCUUUUUUGUUUUUCUUCCUCUACGACAGGGGUCUCCAAACUUUAGGACUUGUGGAUAUCAACUCCCAGAAUUCCCCAGCCAGCCGUAGGCGUUGAAGUCCAGAAGUUGAAUUCUGGGUGUUGAAGUCCCCAAGUUGAAUUGUGGGAAUUGAAGUCCUCAAGCCAGCUUUGCUAGCUGGAGAAUUCUGGGAGUUGAAGUCCCCAAGUGGAAUUGUGGGAAUUGAAGUCCUCAAGCCAGCUUUGCUAGCUGGAGAAUUCU